UGACCUGGAUCUGUGCGCAGUGGAAGGAGCCGAACACGCCCACAACCUCCAGCAAACCAUCAUCCAGCCUGCGGGGUCAGACGACACUGCUGCUGACUCCCCGUUACCACGCAAGACUCCAUACAUGACAGUCUGUGGAGAGGAGAGGAAGCUGGAAGAGGAGGAGAAAUGUUUCCCCUUCACCCCUUCUGAGAGCAUUGGGGGCUCAGAGAGGAAAAUCACCAAGAUGAAGAAGCUGCUGGUGUUUCUGCUCUGCUUGGUCGUGCUGACCCUUCAGACAGAUGCGAACCCCGUCAUCAAGGAGAGCUUUGCUAAGCAGCUGCUGCGCAGCAAGAGGCAGGAGCGGCCCAUGAAGGCCGGCCACCCCGAUGAGCCCAUGAGGGAGCAUCUGCUGCACAUGCAGGCUCUGGACCAGAGGGCCCAGGAGACCAACCUGGAGUACUGGCUGAAUCCUCACUGCCCCCCACGCUGCGACAGGAACUAUGGACACCCAGUCUGAGGAGGACGAGGAUGAUGAAAAAACCCAACGAGUGACCAGCGUCUGGACUCAGCAGUGAAAACGUUUUUUUUUUCUUUUUAUUGCUUUAAAGUCAACUUCAUAACACUUAUUUGGCUGUAUUAGAAGUCCUUUGACCGUUUUCCCUUGUAGAUGUGCAUUAAAUAAAUAAAAUUGGUCGCAAUAAAAUCGCAAAACUGCA